AUGUGGCCUAUGGUUCGCUACACGAUUCCUGCCUGUCGUGUGUCCGCGGGGAGGAGAACCUGUGCGCGGAGGGCUACACGGGGCUCAUCCCCUCAUCCUCCUCUGCCCAUCCCCACCCAUCCGCACCCACAGGACGACCGCGUGGCCUACCGUUGGCUCCGCGAUUCCUGCCGCUCGUGCCUCUCGUGUGUGCGCCGGGAGGAGAACCUGUGCGCUGGAGGGGCGACCGCAGUGGCCUACGGCUGGCUCUGCGAUUCCUGCCGCUCGUGCCUCUCCUGCGUGCGCGGGGAGGAAAACCUGUGUGCGGAGGGCUACACGGGGCUCAUCCUCAACGGCAACAAGGGCGGCUUCCAGCCGCACCUGCGCGCCCCCGCUGACUUCGCCAUCAAGUUGCCUGAGGGGUUGGAUUCGGUUGAUGCCGCUCCUCUCAUGUGCGCUGGCAUCACCGUGUACAGCCCUCUACGUGCGCACAUCACCCGCCCCGGCAUGAAAGUGGGCGUCAUCGGCAUUGGCGGGCUGGGCCAUCUCGCUUUACAGAUCGCGCGGGCCAUGGGGGCACACGUGACUGCCUUCUCCACCUCGCCCAGCAAGGAGGAGGAGGCCAAGAGAAUGGGCGCGCAGCAGUUUGUGGUGUAUGACGCCCAGGCUGCGCCAGGAAAGGGACAUCCAGAGGUGCCCAAGAGCGCGCACGUGGAUGUGCUGGUGAACUGCGCGCCUGUGCUACCUCCUCAAGGCGAUUACAGGAACUUCAUGAGCCUCCUGGGGCCCGAUGGCACACUUCUCCUGACCGGGAUUCCACCAGAUGCUGUCGGGCAGGUGGGCCUGCUGGAUCUGAUUUUCGGGCAGAAAAAACUUGCAGGAUCGGUGGUGGGCGGGCGGAUGCUGUUGAAAGAAAUGCUUGACUUCUGCGCUGCUAACAGCAUCAAGCCCGUGACUGUGGGUGUGGGGGGGAGAGUGUUGGUGGGUGUGAGUAGCAUUGUUCGUGUGAACAGAGCUGCUUGUGCAGACCCGCCCGCUGUUGCAGCUGAACGAGGCUAUGGAUUAGGUGGAAGCUAUUCCUCGCUCACAAACUCACCAUCCCUCCCAUCAUUGCCGCUCACCUACCUUUCAUCUCUCUCCCUCUCCCCUCCCUCUUACCACUUGUUACAGACGCGUCCACUGUCGCAGCUGAACGAGGCAAUGGACGCCGUUUUGGCCAACAAGGUCCGCUACCGUGUUGUGCUGCUGACCGAUGCUGAGUAG